AUCUGAACUUGACACCACCCAAGUUACAUACCCUCUUAAUCAUAUCAAAAAAUGUGAUGACUUGUUGCUACUUUAUUUUUGCUUAAUUUUUUCAACUAUGUAUAAAUCACAUUUUUGUUCUGUUCUUAUCUAUGUGUUCACAUGAUUCACCCUUCUGUUUUGACAUUUCACUUUCAGAAUCUUUUUAGAUUUCGCCACAAACUAUGUGACUCCAAAGCAGUGGCUCAACUUAUCCAAACCUGUGCACAAGCCAAAGAAUUGAGCAAAGGAAAACAGUUACAUGCUCAGCUGAUCCGAGGAGGGUGUUUACCAUGCACCUUUCUGACAAAUCACCUCCUCAAUUUGUACUCCAAAUGUGGAGAGCUUGAUUAUGCUAUCAAGCUGUUUGACAGAAUGUCUAAGAGAAACAUGGUCUCUUGGACAGCUAUGAUUACUGGGUUUUUUCGUAGUUUGAGGUUUCGGGAGGCUUUGGAUACCUUUUGUCAAAUGAGGGCUGAAGGAGAGACAGCCUCGCAAUUUGCACUUUCUAGUGUGCUUCAAGCUUGCGCCUCUCUAGGGUCAAUUCAGUUUGGGGUACAGGUGCAUUGUCUCGUUGUGAAAAGUGGGUUUGGCUGUGAACUGUUUCUGGGUAGUAAUCUGACUGAUAUGUAUUCGAAGUGUGGGGAGGUGUCUGAUGCUUGUAAAGUUUUUGAAGAAAUGCCUUGUAAGGAUGAGGUGUUGUGGACCUCAAUGAUUGAUGGCUACGUGAAAAAUGGAAAUUUUGAGAAAGCUUUAAUAGCUUAUAAGAAAAUGGUCACUGAUAAUGUCUUUAUUGAUCAGCAUGUAUUAUGUAGUACUUUGAGUGCUUGCACUGCACUUAAGGCUUUUAGUUUUGGGAAGUCCCUGCAUGCAAUUAUUGUGAAGUUUGGAUUUGAAUAUGAGACUUUCAUAGGAAAUGCCUUAACAGAUCUGUAUUCAAAGUCUGGGGAUAUGGUAAGUGCUUCAAAUGUCUUCCAAAGUGAUUCUGGUUGUAGAAACAUAGUGUCUUUUACUGCUAUAGUUGAUGGUUAUGUUGAGAUGGAUCAACUUGAGAAGGCUUUAAAUGCUUUUAUUGACUUGCGAAAUUCGGGAAUUGAACCUAAUGAGUUCACUUUCUCUAGCUUGAUCAAGGCUUGUGCUAACCAAGCAAAACUAGAACAUGGGAGCCUGCUCCAUGGCCAAGUUGUCAAAUUCAACUUUGACAGAGACCCUUUUGUUUCUUCUGCCCUAGUUGAUAUGUAUGGAAAGUGCGGGUUAUUUGACCACUCAAUCCAAUUGUUUGAUGAGAUUGAAAAUCCAAAUGAUACAGCCUGGAAUACAUUGGUAGGAGUUUUUGCACAGCAUGGUUUAGGAAGAAAUGCCAUUGAAACUUUUAAUGAGAUGGUCGACAGAGGGCUGAAACCAAAUGCAGUAACAUUUGUGAACCUUUUAAAAGGAUGUAGUCAUGCAGGAAUGGUUGAGGAUGGGCUAAACUACUUUUAUUCUAUGGACAAGAUUUAUGGGGUAAUGCCUAGAGAAGAACAUUACAAUUGUAUUAUUGAUUUGCUUGGUAGAGCUGGGAAGCUUAAAGAAGUAGAAGAUUUUAUAAAUAGCAUGCCUUUUGAACCAACUGCUUUUGGCUGGUGUUCUUUUCUUGGGGCUUGUAAAACCCAUGGUGAUAAGGAAAGGGCCAAACUUGCAGCAUACAAAUUGAUGAAGCUUGAACCUGAAAAUAGCGGGGCUCAUGUUUUGCUUUCAAAUAUUUAUGCAAAAGAAAGACAAUGGGAAGAUGUAAGAUGUUUGAGGAAAAUGAUAAGAGAUGGCAACAUGAAGAAAUUGCCAGGUUACAGCUGGGUUGAUAUUGGAAAUGAAACUCAUGUAUUUGGGGUUGAAGAUUGGUCUCAUCCUCGAAAGAAAGAAAUUUAUGAAAAGCUUGAUAGUCUUCUUGAUCAGAUAAAGAUUGUUGGCUAUGUUCCUCAAACAGAAUCAGUUCUGAUUGAAAUGGAUGACACUUUGAAGGAGAAGCUUCUUCAUAAUCACAGUGAAAGGAUUGCUGUGGCUUACUCAUUACUAGUCAGCCCCAUUGGGAAGCCAAUCAUUGUCAAGAAAAAUUUAAGAGUUUGCUCUGAUUGCCAUUCUGCGUUCAAAUAUAUUUCUAAGGUCACUGAGAGAAAUAUCAUUGUCAGAGAUAUCAGCAGGUUUCAUCAUUUUUCCAAUGGUUCUUGCUCCUGUGGAGAUUACUGGUAAUGCUUUCAAGUCUGAAGGUUUAUAAAGAGAUAUGAUCAUAUGGAGCUUCAUUCUAGAAACCACAUUGAGGAAUUUCCAAGGACCUGCUUAUAUUUUAACAAUUGUUUCACUUGCCAUUCAAAACUAGUAGCAUAUCAUUACUGGCUAUUUUAUUAAUACCAGUGGUGAGUGUUCAGGUCUUCAUGGUAACAUUAACAUGUCAUGUGAAAUAUUUAGGAUGGGAUUAUUCAAAUUUAUUUCUUCUUGGAUGCCUGGCUGCAUUCGGUUUCUUAUCUUAUUAUGCAUCACAUGGAAAUUGGUAAGGCACUUUGACAAGAGUUAAUGUCCCUGGAAAGAAUAGUAACCAAGGAUGAUCGAUUGGCUUCAACUUCAAAUGCUACUAGUGUCAAUCCACCUAGUGUUGAUGCUUCAGCUACAAUAUCGGUGACAAGUGAGUUGGAACAAAUGAUGACUUCUGCAACAACAUAUAAAGUGUCUGCUGCUGUUGUUGGGAUUCCACGCAUACUAGAGAUAUGGCUUAAGAUGUUCUUAUAAGGCUUGAGCGAUCCUCACACUGCAAGCUAGCUUUGAGGAUUGAGUUAGGCUUAAUCCAACUUCUAUUAUGGUAUAUGGGGCUACCGCAGAUAUUAAAUCCUGCAAAUUGCUCUAGUUGUCAACUCUUGAGCAUAAUGGGGUGGUUUUUUGAUUCAACACAGACUAGAGAUGUGUCUAAAGAUGUUCUUAUAAGACUCAGGCAAUCUUCACACCUUGAGCUAAUCUUUAGGGUUGAGUUAACCCUUAACUGAAUUCUAAUAGCUGUAUUAUCAAAUGUAGCAGAAGCAAGGUGGGAUUUUAGGGCAAAGAUGGGGUUCAGUAAAUUUGGAGUAUAUUUUCCCAGUUACUUCUCACAGCCUCUUAUUUUGGCACAACUCAACCGAAAGUUGCAUUCGCUUUGCACCUUACAUUCCAUGCUCUUCCUGAAUCAGUUACACCAUGCUCUUCUGGAUGACAGAGUUAAUAAACUCUAUCUCUUAUGAGCAAGCUCUUGCCAGAGCGACUGUGGCUGGAAGAAAGAGUAUUCAUGAUUUUGCACCAUUAACAGUGGUAUCAGAGCAUAAGCUAAUUAUCAUGUGAUUCUCUGAAUAUGACAUCCACAAUCACAUGGAUUCUUUCAUACCUGGUAGCAAUCUUAUUGCUAGUUUACUCACUUAGCUUUUUUCCAGUACUUAAUUCAGUUCUGAGAUGUUAUUUUUCAUUCUAAAAUAUUAAAAUUUUGGAUCAUGGAUGGAUUUGGAUUUUAAUAGUAUCCAACUUUAUGGCCUGAAUGAUUUAGUGUAUGAGGCUUUGGUUGAGCAGAAACUCUUCACCUAGAAAUAAUUUCUUGGAAUGUUUCAUCAUGGCCUUCUGACUUAAUUUUGCUUCCCUGUAACCGUGCUCUUCUUGCAGUUGCUGAAUUUCUUAAAUUUUGUCCAUGCUAAUAUGAAGGCAAUGAAGCAAUGCUAGAGCGUCCCACCACAUAUUAUUUCAAAUACUAUAUGUUGUAUUCUAUUCAUUGUGA